GGUCAUACAGAAUUUUGCUUUUUUUGAAAACAAAAGUACAUAAUUGAAAUAAGCUUUACUUUGUAGAUUAUAGAGCUUUUCACGCUGCAUCUUGUGGUACAUUUUAUUUUUUUUUACAAAAUUAGAUUAGGUGAUAAAAAGAUAAGAUCAGAAAAAAUGAUUUUUUCGCAGCGUCGAAAAUUGGUCGCACACAAUUUUGCUUUUUUUUUAAAACAAAAAGUACAGAAUUAAAAUAAGAUUUACUUUGUAAAUUGUAGUUCUUUUCACGCUGCAUCUUCUGGUAUAUUUUGUUUUUUUAAAACAACGUAUUAAGUGAUGCAAAAAUGAAAUGGAAAAAGGCCGUUUUUUUUGUCCGAGGGAGAUUGGCUGGAAAGUUGCCAUUUAGAAGUUUGAAGUACUCUCUUAGGACUACUAGCCCAUAAAAAAAUUAGCGUGGGAUCUCUAGAAAUGGCGUGCACCGGAGGUCAUCUUUGGGAGGUGUAUCUAAGAUGGUAGGCCUUUUUUUGAGAUAAGGUAUGUAAAUCUCGAUCCCGUUUGUUCGAGACAAGGUAGUCAGAUCUUGCUCAAUUUAAUAUAUGUCAUAGAGGGAAGCAUUCUGAGAAUUUUGGCGCAAGCCAUUUCGAAAAAUAUUGAUCUGUCGAUUUUUUAUGAGCAUUUUACUAAAAGCCCUAAAAACGACGCAUGCCAAAAACGGGGGUCUUGAUGCAAUGAUAUCUCACGAAUAGCUCAACAGAUUGAGCUGAAAUUUUUUAUAGACAUAUAUCCGAGUGAGUUCUAUUAGCAAAAAAUUUUUAUUGAGAAAUAUUGAGCAAUUAGGAUUCUAUGAAUCACACAAAAUACGAAAAAAUCCUGAUUUUUGGUAACUUUUGUGUUUCAUAACUUGUGAUUGGAAUGACAUAGAUGUUGUGUGUGGGUGUGGGGUGUGGGUAUGGGUGUAGGUGUGUUGGUACACAUGAUCUGGAAGCACCCACACCCACAUCCACUCCACACCCACAUCCCACCCACACGGGUCCACGAAAAUUGGUCGAACGAAAAAUAGUCGAACGAAAAUUGGUGGAAGAAAAUUAGCCGAUACGAAAAUUGAUUGAUACGAAUAUUAGUCACUACGAAAAUUGAUCAACGAGAAAAAUAGUCGAAAAAUUCGUAAUUAAGAAAAAAGAAUCUUUCAAUAAGAGCGACAGCAGUGUAAAAAAUAAAUUAAUAUCAGUAUAUAAUCUGUCGCUGGUACUUUUAAUAUAGUUGUUGCAGUACCGUGUGCAAGUAAAGUGGACUCCAAGCUCUUUUCAGAACAGUUGGUUUUCAGCGGAAGAAAAAAUGAAAAUAAAAAACGGGUGUGAAUUUCGGUAUGGAUCUUCUUAAACCCCAUUGCACACUACAAUUUACAGAAGGUGUGGCACUCUCACCUGCAGACACACCAACGCUAACAGUUACACCACACAGUCAAAAAGCUUUUUUCGUAGUUCCACAGCUCUAUCAGAAUUAAUUUCGAUACAAUUUCAUGAAAGUACAUGAAUCUCGUAAUUUUAGUUUUAAAAAGGAGUUCUAUUUCAUAUGCUACAUACACUAGAGAAAAACUUCGUUAUAGUGAUGAACAUUUCACCAAUGGCGUCUUUCAUAUUCUUCUUGUAAUGCUUUGGCUGACUCGUCGCAUUCGACGUUUUUAUUUUAUUUUUUUUAUUACGACUUUUUAGACUAUUUUUCUCGUCAAUCAAUUUUCGUAGCGACUGAUUUUCGUAUCGAUCAAUUUUCGUAUCUACUAAUUUUCGUAUCGACCAAUUUUCUUCCACCAAUUUUCGUUCGACUAUUUUUCAUUCGACCAAUUUUCGCUUUCCCAUAAUAUAUAAGUAAAUGAACGCCUUAAUAUUGAAAUAUAAAACUUUGUAUUUUAACAGCAGCGAAAAUUUUUUUGUAAUUGGCAAUAUCAGCCAAGAAAGACUAUCGAAAAUGACAGAAUUUCCUUUUUGCAUGUUACUUUUGAUCUAUCUGGUAUAGAUGGAAGAUCAAAAGAAAAAAGAAUGUAUAAUGAUGUCAUCGGAAAGUAGAGACAAUAGUUUGCCAGCUAUAAACAGCCUAUAUGUAUACUAUACAAAGAACAAAAAACAUUCAAUGGUCGUGGUAUAUAUGUCACUACGUAAUAGUGCCGAUGUAAUUGCACAAUGUCAGUGAAUUCCAUCAUAAUGAUAGUCUAUACAGAAUGUACUUUUGCAGUUUUUCUGCAAAAGUAAAUUCUGUCAUUUUCGAUAGUCGUUCUUGACUGACACUGUCAAUUACAAGAAAAAUCUUCCCUGCUGUUAAAAUAAAAGGUUUUAUGUUUUAAGAAAAUGCUUUUUUGCAUAUGUUUUUCCACAUUUUGCAUGGAUGUUCCCCUUUUAUCUAUUUCUUCCUAUAACACACACAGAAUCACUCACCAGAAAGUUCAGAGCUGCUAUUAGAAUAGUUCAUCGUUGUCCAUUUGUAUCGGCACAUGAUUUAUUUACAGUGACAAAAGAGAAUCCUUUGGAGAAGUAUGUUCAAAAAUACAUAAAUAAUAGAUUGCAUAAUAUUUGUAAGUCGAACCUGGGACGAUCAACCUUCCUUUAAGAUAUAUUUUAUUGGGAAGACUUUAAAAAGAAUGAGAAGGACUCGCUAUGACACUUUGUCCGACAAAAACGAGUAAAGUAUCUAGCUGAAAGAUAUGAGACAUUGCUAAUUAAAUGGAUAAAAUUCAUGUAUCCCUAAACAGCUACUUUAAUCUUACAUAACACUUCACACCAACCUUAUGGAAAGAUCAAAAUUAAACGACAUGUUAAGACUAGUACCAUCAAUGGAAAUUAGAAUCAUUGCACCUAUGCCUAUUAUUUCGUCCCUGGUUUUCUUUUCCUGUGUUUUUUUCGUUCCUCUUUUCUUUUUUUUCCUUUUUCAACGUCCUAUGUAAGCACUCCAGAGUGUAAAAUACAUAAUAAAAAGCUAAAUAAAAAAAACAGGGCAAACAUUUAACUGAAUAAAACAUUUUUAUUUUAUCAGUAACACUAGCUAUAGUUUUAUGAUAAGAGAAGAGAAUUGAGUUGCAUUUUGGCUUUCAUAUAAAAAGAAAUUACUAACAACAGGUAACCGCGAUGGCUCUGCCAUACAAUAUAUUUAGUAAAAAUGAUAAUCAAUAUUCAAUUUAUGAUUUAAAUGAAGAAAAUCGAUCGUUUUUAUGGCAUCGGUUUAUGCUCGAUCUACUUUCAAGCAUUCCUCGUUCGUCCAAUGAAAUCGAAAAUGUUAUUGAAGCUUGUCAAUUAGUCUAUCAAGAUGAACCAGAUAAAAUCAAUGCACGAACUCAAGCAGAUCUUGACGAGUUUCGAACGAAUUAUUCACCAAACGAUGCUAUCAACUGGUGAGGUCAUUCGAAAAUCGAGAGAUAUUUAAAUAUCAUGAUAUGAGAAUAAAUAUAAAAAUAAUUCUAUGUCAUAUUCUGAAUGAAUUUUGUAUACACGUUCUGGAUUUUUUUUCAAUGCUCUGAAUAUAGCUUGUCGUAAGCUUGAUAGCGGUGCAUUGAUUGGAUUUCAUUCCGUUGUUAAAGAUAUUAACAAUCAAUUGAAGCAAUUAUUUAUAAAACAGAAAAAUGAUGGUACAUUAGAAUUUCCAUUAAUCGUUUAUCGUGGACAAUGCUAUUUUGGUGAGGGUGAAUUAGAAAAACUAACUAAACGACUUAAAGUUGGAGAUUUGAUAUCGAUGAAUUCAUUUUUAUCUACUUCAAAAGACCGUACAGUAGCCACCGUUUUUGGUGUUGCAGAUAGAAAUACAUCUGUACUUUUUCAAAUUAAAGUAAAUGAUGUUGAAAAUAAUGAAAGACUUCAAGUGUUUGCAGAUAUUACAAGUAUUGGUCAAUUUCCAGAUGAGAAAGAGGUUCUUUUUGGUAUGUCAUCUGUGUUCCAAGUAACAAAUGUUUAUUUAGAUGCUACUUCCUGGGUUAUCGAGAUGGAACUAACUAAUUACAAAGAAGAUGAAGAAGUAGAAAAAUUUUUGCCUGAAAUCAAAAGGCAUCUUUAUAGAAUUUCUACUAAACGGAGACCAUUCAACAUAUUAAAAAAAUUACUCAAUGUUGAUACAAACGCUCAUCCUAAACCUCUAAUAGAAUUAAUGAAAUUCAUUCUUACUGAUCUCGUACAAAUUUUCAUCGUUAAUGCUUAUAAGAAAAAUGGACAAUUAAAAAGCAUCAUUACUAAAGAAUCUAAUUUACGAGCUAUAGUAACAGAAUCCAACAGUGAUCCUACUCGUCCUUCUGAAACAUGCAUAGGUUCACUAUGUGAUGUACUUGAUGAUUUUCUGUGUGACUACAAUAACAACAGCGAACAAGAUAAUGAAAUUUUCAUUAAUGAUAUCUCAAUAUCAAUAUUAUGUUUUGGCGCAUUUUUACUCUUAAUUGAAGAUUAUGAAAAAUUUUUAAAUGCAUGUUAUGCGCUGAAUAGUGGAUACGAAUUAUCAAUUAAACAUUUUUAUGAAUUUGUUGAAUCGUCAGCAUUGACAUUAAUACAACCAUGGAAUUCUGCUUUUGUUGCAUCUCCACUAAUGGCAACACAUGGCUCUAACCAAUUGGCAAAUCAAACACUUGAAAAUAGUCAACCAUCAAUGUACCAACAACAACAUGAUAUUGAUAUUCAUGAACAAUUGCGUCUAUUAUACUUAGCUCAACUUUGUCGAGAACAACAAAAACCUGUUGAUGCUCUUAAUUAUUAUGAAGAAGCAUUAGAAAUAAAUUCAUCUUUACCAUCUUCAGCUUUGAGUAUAUUUAAUGGACCCAUUUAUCUAUCAAUGGCAUCAACAUCUCUUAGCUUGGAUAAUAAACGUGAAGCUCUAUUUUUUCUAGACAAAGCAAUAGAUAAUGUGAACAAACAUUUUCCAUCAUCUCAUAGAAUAUUUGCUGCAUUAAAUUUGAUGCGUGGUUAUUAUCUAUUACAAAAUGAAAGAACAGAAGAAGCGAAUGAGCAUGUUCAAAAUGCGUUGAAUAACAUUCAUUUUUCUAAGAAUCAACAAUUUCAUUGUACUGCUUUUAUUGUUUUGGCAACGUGUGCUUUGCAAUGUGGAAAUAUUAAUGGAGCAAAAAAGUAUUGUGAAGAGGCUCGUAAAUGUUCAUUAUCAACAUUUACGAGUUCAUUAGCUGAUUAUAUACUACAAGCAAUACCCAAUUUUAAAAUCGUAUUGGAAAGUACUAAUCUAGAAGUAUUUCGUCAAAUGGUUCGUAUUGGUCUUCAGUAUGGUCAACAAAUUUUCUCGAGUAUGAAUUCGAAUGCACUUACUGAAUCAAUAAAUGAAGAAACAAGCACACCUGAUAAACUCAUUUCGUCGGCUGACUUUUAUCGGCAUAGACAAGAAUAUGCAAAUGCUGAUAAGUAUUAUAGGAAAGCCAUUGAAAAGAUGACGGAUUCAAAUGAAACUAUAUGGAUUAUCUUUAGAAAAAUGAUACGAAUGAACUAUGAUAAUGAACUUUAUCAAGACUAUUUCAUUGAACAAUAUUCAAAAUAUGAUAUUGAUAAUUUGAACCAUUUGAAAAUUAUCUCUACGUUACAAUUAAUUAUUUAUAAAUUAUGUUUGUCAAGAAAUGAAACUGAAGCUGAAUUUGCGUUUGAUUUUUUGACAAGUAGCUGUUUCACAACAAUUAAGUAUUUAUAUCAUUGUUUUAAAACCGAUUCUGAAUUUAUUUCAAAAUUCCUUAAUGAAUUUUUUCAUUAUAAACAAUUUGCAAAAUUCAUUACCAUGAUAACAGAGUUGAUUGAAGUGCACACUAAUGAAUCAAUGGCGAAUAUAAAAUAUUUUCUAUCAAAUUUUAAACAUUGCGAUGAGUUUGCUUCAAUUAUUCAUCAUUCGCAAGUUGACAAGGCAUUUAGUGAAAUGAAAUUAAAGUAUGACAAUGAUGAAUCAUCAAAAUGUAUAUUCCGAUUUCUCGAUACUAUUUUACAAGUUUUACGUCAAUGUGUAGCGCCGCUAAAUAAUCCAACACUCUCAUUUCGAGAACAAAUUUUACAAUUGCUAGCUAAACAUCGUGACGAAUCCACACCUUUCUACUAUUUAAAGAAAAUAUUGGAAUCUUUCUUUGCCGAUGAUCUUUCAAGUUUUUUCUUCAAUCUUGAUAAAUUUCGUCUUCAUGCAAUGACUUACGAGCAUUAUAAAAAACUUAAGGAAAGUCUAAAUGAACUUUUUGAAAAAAUCGAAGAGAAUCAGCUGCAUGCAUGGCUUAAAGACGUUUUAACCAUCUAUUAA